AUGCCCCGUCCAAGAAUAUCUCCAAGACGACCACAUUUUCUAGUAGGAACGCUGGCACUAAUACUGCUGUUGUCAUUCUGCAUCCCAUGUUGUCAAGCUCGAUCUUGCGUUGCCGUUCCCUCGAGUACCACAGGGGUCGACGAGCAUCAAUGCACGGACGAUCCGUUACUGUUGGCGCAAGCAGUGGACCCAACAACCGGCGAACAGACGGGGCGAUAUAAUCUGGGUCUCAGCCAACGGAUCGAUGGAACGGAAUCGGAAAAACAAGCCAUUCGGGAUGUGUUGGAACGAAUGGAGCAUUAUUUUAUCCAUGAAGUGCUGUCUCAUCCAGAAUAUGCCAGUGCGCGAAAUCGAUGUAAAAACCUAAACGAACUAUGCGCCUUUUGGGUAGCUGUUGGCGAAUGUGAAUCCAACAGAAUAUUCAUGCUUUCCAACUGUGCCCUUGCAUGUCGAUUCUGCCUACUCUUGAAUACUGACUUACCAACAUCAUCAUGA